UUUGCCAGCUGGGAACUGCUGCCUUGUCUGUAUGGAAAACCGUGGUGUCAUACAGUUCUCUCAAGAACAAAACUCAUGACUAAGUUGAUCAAAAGGAGGAAGGCCGAGGAAGUUUUUGCCAUAUUUGAAGGCUUGAUGGAAGAGGGACACAAACCAACUCUUGUGACAUAUACUACACUAUUAGCUGCCCUUACUGCCCAAAAGAAGAUCAAAUCUAUUCCUUCUCUCAUCUCUAUGGUGGAAGAGAAAGGAAUGAAACCAGACUCGAUUUUCUUCAAUGCUGCUAUCAAUGCUUAUUGUGAAGCAGCUGACAUGAAAGGAGCAAUAAAAAUAUUUUACCGGAUGAAGCAAAAUGGCUGUAACCCCACUAUAAGUACUUUCAAUACAUUGAUGAAAGGAUAUGGCCUUGUAAUGUCUGAAGAGGGGAAUGUCAAACCUAAUGAUAUGACUUACAAUAUUCUAGUUCGAGCAUGGUGCAACAAGAACAUAAAUGAAGCAUGGAAUGUAGUGUAUAAAAUGGUGGCCUCGGGUUUACAGCCUGAUGUUGUCACCUACAAUACAUUAGCAAGGGCUUAUGCACAGAGUGGAGAGACUAAUAAAGCUGAGGCAAUUAUACAUGAAAUGCAAAAGAAUAAAACUGAGCCUAACGAACGGACAUGUGGCAUCAUCAUUAGUGGAUAUUGCACUGAAGGAAACAUGGUUGAUGCGUUACGUUUUCUGUAUCGGAUGAAGGAUCUGGGAGUGCUCCCAAAUCUUGUUGUGUUUAACACGCUUAUCAAAGGAUUUUUAGACACUAUGGACACUGAUGGUGUUGAUGAGGCGUUGACUUUGAUGGAAGAGUUUGGGAUCAAGCCAGAUGUGGUAACAUUUAGCACAAUAAUGAAUGCAUGGAGCUCAGCAGGACUAAUGACAAAAUGCAAGGACAUGUUUAAUGACAUGGCAAAGGCUGGUGUAAAACCUGAUAUCCACGCGUUCAGCAUUCUUGCAAAAGGUUAUGUUCGUGCAGGUGAACCUGAUAAAGCCGAAACUCUCCUGAUGUCCAUGGCUGAAUCGGGUGUUCAUCCAAAUGUUGUAAUAUUCACUACUGUUAUCAGUGGUUGGUGCAGUGUAGGAAAGAUGGAAUAUGCAAUGCGAGUGUUUGAGAAGAUGAAUGAGAUGGGGGUUUCCCCUAAUCUGAAAACAUAUGAAACUUUGAUAUGGGGUUUCGGGGAAGCUAAACAGCCCUGGAAAGCAGAAGAAUUGCUUCAGAACAUGGAAGAAAUGGGUAUAUUUCCUGAAGACAGCACUAUCCGGCUUGUUGCAGAUGCUUGGCGUUCCAUUGGUUUGAUAAAUGAAGCCCAAAGAGUGAUGAGUUUCAUAAACAAGACUAUAUUUAACAGAAAAGGCUCAAGGAGCUGAGAAGUCUGUUGAACGUUCA